AUGGCAGACGACAGCAAAGACAUCCAGCCUAAAACGGUGCAGGGCACUUAUGGCCAGGCCUCUGACUCAGAUGAGCCAGCCGUGGCUGUACUGCAAGAAACACCAAAGAGGAGCUGGAAGUCAUACAUCUGGGACACCUUCGACAAGUCACCCGAGGAGCGCAGAUUUCUCUUCAAGCUCGACGCGGCUCUCAUGACGCUGGCCUCAUUGGGAUACUUUAUCAAGUAUCUUGAUCAGGUUAAUAUCAACAAUGCAUUUGUGUCGGGCAUGAAGGAAGAUAUGAACCUAUUUGGGAAUGAGUUGAAUUAUAUGCAGACGUGUUGGACCAUUGGUUAUGUCAUUGGAGAGAUUCCAAGCAACAUGCUACUCACACGAAUCCGACCGAGCAUCUGGAUUCCCGCUUGCGAGGUUACCUGGUCUAUUCUCACCAUCCUCCUCACAAAGUGCACCAACGCGACCCAGCUAUACGUCCUCCGUUUUUUCAUCGGUCUUUCCGAAAGCACCUUUUAUCCAGGAAUGCAGUACAUCAUCGGCUCAUGGUACCGCAAAGACGAACUCGCCAAGCGAUCCUGCCUUUUCCAUGCCAUGGGAAACGUGGGAUCCAUGGUCUCGGGUUACUUGAUGGCCGGCUCACAUAAUCUCGACGGCGUGCACGGAUAUCAUGGUUGGCAGUGGCUUUUUAUCACCAAUACCGUUGUAUCUCUACCCAUCGCCAUCUCCGGAUUCUUCUUCUUGCCUGAUUUGCCUGAGAUUACCAAGGUCUGGUAUUUUACCCCGCAAGAUAUUGCAAUUGCGAAACGACGUAUGGAACUCGAGGGUAGAGCCAAGCGGGCUCCCUAUACUAAGGCCAAGUUCAAGAAGAUCUUUAGCAGCUGGCAUAUCUAUGCUCUGGUGCUGUUGUAUAUUCUCUUUAACAACGGCAACGGCGGCAGCUCACAGCCUGCGUUCCCCCUGUGGCUGAAGUCACAAGGGUAUUCAAUUAGAGACGUCAAUCUCUACCCGACAAUCGUUGACGUUAUCAGCGUAAUCACAACGCUCAUCUACGCAUGGACAUCGGACAGUCUAUUCCGUGGAGCCCGCUGGCCGGCAAUCGUCUUCUCUGGUCUAGUCAAGAUCAUAGCCUACGUCGGUCUAACAGUAUGGAAGGUUCCUACCGCAUUUGCCUGGGUAUGCUUCAUGCUGUGCGGCUUUGGUGGUGGAAUUAGUGGAUUGACGUUUGCUUGGGCGCAUGAGAUUUGUAGUGACGACAAUGAGGAGAGAGCUCUUGUGACGGGUGCGAUGAACCAGAUGGCUUAUGUAUUUCAGGCCUGGUUGCCUCUGGUUAUUUGGCAGCAGGUGGAGGCUCCGAGCUAUCCUAAAGGAUAUCCUACCAUGGUUGCGUUGGCGGUUCUCGGCGCAGCGAGCGCCGUUUUGCAAGUCAUCUCAUUUUCGAGCGAGCUGGCUGCUGCUUGUAAGAGCGCCUAUGAGGGAGCUACAACUUCGCAAGACGAUCUCGAGCGACACUCGAAGCAAAUGUUUGAAGCCGUCAGUCGAGUGCACACUCGAUGUGAACAGAUGGCCACUGCGAAUUCCAGAUUUGCAGAUCCCAACCUUCAAACCAUAGCCCAUGACUGCAAAGAUGCGGCCAAAAAGCUACAAGCCGAAGUUCAAUACAUAACGAAAGUUCACGCUAAGGGCAAUGUUUUGCAGUCGCUUCGUAAAGCGAUCAGAGCUUCGAGGCAUCGAAAAACGAUCCAGACUGUCGAAGAAUCUCUUUUCAUGUAUCAAGAGUUGAUUCAUACUGAGCUGAUGUCCCAUUUAUGUUCGCAGAGCGACGCCAUACACCUGCAGCAAGAGCGAUCCUUUCAUAAACUGGAUAGUGAUAUUCAGCUUCUUGUCAACCAACUCGCAAAAGGUGUCAUUGACGUUAAAGAGUUCGUAAAGAAAGAACAUGAUAUGACACGCGCUGCUGUUACACAGGAAGCUGCCAAGGCCGAAAGGACCAUUAACAGACAUAUCGAUACACAAGUGCUGGAUCUUGUGACCACGGCCGAGACAGAUCAACGAUGCAAAACAUUUCUUCAGAGUCUUAAGGCUGAUUGUAUGAAUCGACGAUACAAUGACAUCAUGGACCCAAGAGAUGCAACAUUUGAGCAAGUAUUUGCGACUUAUCAAGAGAUGAUAGCCAUGUAUUGCGAUGAAUGUGAGAAUGAUGAUGGAUUGGACGAUAGUGUUUACCCUGAAAAUGAGCAAGGUUCGGAGGGUGGUGAUUCCGAGCAUGAUUACCCUCAACAUGACCAAGGUUCAGACGGCGAAGAUGACUGGGAAUAUCACGAUGAUACUGAUUCCGGGAAUUCGCAUCCAUCCAGAAGGUCUAGCGACCAAUCGUACUCGCAUGUCAAAGUCAUCUGGUCUUCAUGGGCGUCAUUCAUCAAAUGGCUUCAAUCAGACGAGAUGUUGUUCUAUGUUCAAGGGAAACCAGGCUCUGGAAAAAGCACACUUGUUAAAUUCAUCCUAGAGCAUGGUCAGACCCGAAACCUGAUCCACCAAUGGAAUCCUGAUGCGACAAUUCUUCGCUAUUUCUUCUGGAAGAUCGGAUCACAUGAACAAAACAGCAUAAAGGGCCUCUGGUGCUCUCUACUUUACCAAAGACUUCAAGACCGCCAAUCACUAAUCCCAGACAUAUUGCAGCACUUUCAGCACAUGUCUCUGCAUAGCUCCUAUCACGACUGGACCAUCAAGGAUCUGCAAACUGUGUGGAAAUACACGGUUCAACUUGACGACCGACAUCUCUACAUCUUCAUCGAUGAUUUGGACGAGAUUCGUAAUCAAGAUGGAUUUUCUAGGCUAAUCCAAUCAAUUCAGCUCCUAUCAAGAUUUCCGAGAACCAAGCUAUGUGUUUCGACUCGGCCUGAAGCCUGGAUCAUGAGGUGGCUUCAAGAGACAGGCGCUAGUGGCUUCAGACUGGAGGAUCUGACAAGACACGAUAUGAUUCUUUUUGUGCGGAAAGAACUUCGUCCUUUGCUGUGCGAUAAACCCGGUCUCUGCAGAGCUCUACACGCAGGCCUAGUUCGAAAAGCUCAGGGUGUCUUUCUUUGGCUUCAUCUCGCCUUACAAAGCCUUAUUGAGGGCAUUGGAAACGAUGAUGCUGAGGAUAUGUUAUUUCGCAGGUUGGAUGGGCUUCCAGAAGACCUUGAAACCCUGUAUAUGGAUAUGUGGCAAAGGUUGAACGCUAAUAAUUUCGUAUAUCGCCAAACAGCUGCGAGAUACUUUCGCUAUGUCAUGCAGUAUAAGUUGGAAGGAAGUAACUUCAAUGUGGAAGGGAGGUGGUGUUUCCUGCAAGGACCUUUCAGUUUUCAAAUCGCUUGCGCAGACAACCCGGAGAUUCAGGAGAUACUACUACGUGGUGAUAGUACUAUCGAGACAGUAAGGCGUCUGCGAAUUUGUGAACCAACAGAAGUUUCAAUCCGCACUCGAUGCGCAGGGUUGUUGACAUUUCGGCCAUUAGAUGUUGGUCAAGUGAGAGACGAUGACGCAACCAAGAAUGCAUUUGGCAGGGUGGUAUUCAUCCAUAGAACAGCCCACGACUUCUUGAAGGAUACCGAAGCAGGUCAAAAGAUUCUUCGCCACGACCCCUCAUCCGAUUUCAGCUUGCGAUGCGAGCUUCUGAAGGGUUUGAUCUGUUCGAUCAUGGUCUCAUCAUCGCAUUGGGGCGUAGAUUGGCAUCUGCCCUCUAUUAUUUACACGAUUGUCCGAUUCGCAACCCGAUGGGGAGGGUUGAACUUCAAAAUAUCUAGCGAGGUUCUUGAUGGUAUACGUUCAUUAUAUGACCAGGGAAUCAUAUGGAACAGUGGUUCUGAAAACGAACAUCGGCUCCCGUUCUUUAGCUUCCUCACCGACGUCGGCUUGUUCGAUGAUUUUGUUAUUUCGCGCCUCGCUUCAGAAACCUCUAGUCAAAUAGCAACCGACACCCUUCGUGAGGCGUGGAUUCCAGGUUCUGACGGGAGCCUAUCAAGGCGACUGUUUAACGCACUACUGUCUUCAGGAGCCGACCCACACAAUUGCGGUGCAAGCUUUACAAUACCAGGACCUUUUGUCUCAAAGACAACAGCCUUUGCCAAUCUUCUUUCAUCGUUCUAUAUCUCAAAGUCACGGCGCCAUGGUUCACAGCAUUCUGCUACCUCCCCAAUCUAUCACUCACUGCAUGACAAAUAUUCGUCUCAGAUUAUAGAAAUGGCAACACAGAUGGCGAGAACUCGCGAGCACCUGAACACCGCAAUAGUGCUAAUAGGUCACUUCUCAGCAGGUCAAACGAUGGCUUUCGAGUCAUUACAAGAUCUGUCAGACAUAACGGGCUACGAAGGUUCCAACACAUACUCCAUAAUUUACGAGUUCAAUCUGCAGUUCCUUCUACUUUUUCUCCUCUCAAGGGCUGGCGGAGAUUUGUCCAGCAAAGUGCUAGGAAGUCUCGGGGCUGAAGACCUUCUUCCAAAGGUCAACGAUCCCGGGAUCAGGAUGCGAUACUUUCUGCAUACAAAGGCAGGACAGCCUAGACCACAUAAAUGCAUAUCAGUAAAGUGGCACCGUGUCGCACCAGAAGCAUCCUACCUUCCAAAGCACUUGAUCGAACAUUUUCUACAGCCUCCAACAAACAUGUCUACAGUGGACCACUUAUUCAAAGUAGACAUGAAACGUUAUUCGGACGGGAUUUACGUAUCUUAUGACACCGGAACUGAUCUAGGUAUUGUUAUGCACGGUAUCAAAGACUCAGAGAUAGAGGAGGUCUCUUUUGAAACUAUGAUGUCAGGUUUGGCUUAUGAGUGUCGAGAUAUCUCUAUAUACGAGAUGUUUGGCAUGAUCCCUCCGAUUCUCUAUUUUAGGGAACAAAGGUAA